GGCUAUAAAAAGGGGACCAAAAUAACAGGCAGAGACCACAUUUCCCAUUUUCCUCAUCCUCCUGGUUCUAAAGAAACAAUGGCUACCACUACCACUACUGCUUUUUCCUCAUCCUCCUCCUUUGCCUUCUUUGCUACAGCUCUCGCCUUCUCUCUUCUGCUUUCUUUGAACACUGCUAAUGGCGGUGCGCUUCAGCAGCAGCAGCAGCAGCAUUUCUACACUGUUCAGCUGUCCUCGCUGUUUCCUUCCGACUCUUGCAGCCCUGCUCCUUCGACCAAAGGGCUGAACAAGCUGCCAGUGUUCCACAAACACGGGCCGUGCGCUCAGGCCCAACAACUCACCAGCACCGCCAACCAGCCCAAGCCCACCGCGGACGAAAUCCUUCGCCAGGACGAGUCCAGGGUCCAGAAUAUCCAGUCCAGAAAGGCAACCGCCGGUAGCGCCGACGUCAGGGUGACGGACUCCACCACCAUCCCGGCUAAGGACAGCAGCACCGUCGGCUCCGGCAACUACGUCGUCACCGUCGGCCUCGGCACCCCGGCCAAGAAACUCUCCCUCAUACUCGACACCGGAAGUGACGUCACGUGGACGCAAUGCCAGCCGUGCGUAAAGUUUUGCCACCAGCAAAAGGAAAAGAUCUUCUUCGACCCUUCCUCCUCCAAAACGUACCGAAACGUUUCUUGCGAGGCCGCCGUCUGCUCCGCCCUCGCUGAAGCCACCGGAAACAGGGAUUGUAGUUCCUCGACGUGCGUGUACGUGAUCAAAUACGGCGGCGCAGCGAUCACCACCGGAUUCUUCGCCACCGAGAAACUGACGUUGACCAAAACCGAUGUCUUCGACGAAUUCUACUUCGGGUGCGGCCAAAACAUCCAAGUGAACUUCGGGGGCGCCGCCGGGGUGCUCGGAUUGGGCCGGAACUCGCUGUCGCUCGUCUCCCAGACCUCCGACAAGUACAAGAAUCUCUUCUCCUACUGCCUCCCUUCCACUCCCAGCGGCACCGGAUUCCUCACAUUCGGCGGCGCCGGCGCCAAAUCCGUGAAAUACACCCCCAUCGCCAGCGUCGCCGGCGGCGAAAACUUCUACGGAAUCGGCAUCACCGCCAUCAGCGUCGGCGGAAAAAAGCUCCCCGUUUCGGCCUCCGUGUUCUCCGCCGCCGGCGCCAUCAUCGACUCCGGCACCGCCAUCACCCGCCUCCCGCCGGCGGCGUACUCCGCCCUCCGGUCGGCGUUCAGGAAGAAGAUGUCGAAGUACCCUCUGGGCCCGGCGCUGUCGAUCCUCGACACCUGCUACGACCUCAGCAAGUUUAAGAAUUUCGUGGUGCCGAAGAUCGGGUUUUUCUUCGCCGGCGGCGCGGAGGUGGACAUCGAGGCCGUCGGGAUUCUGUACGCCAACAAGCCGACGCAGGUGUGCCUGGCGUUCGCCGCUAAUGGGAACGCGACGGACGUGGCGAUAUUAGGGAGCGUGCAGCAGCAGACGCUGGAGGUGGUUUACGACGGCGCCGGCGGGAGGGUUGGGUUCGCCAGCGGCGGCUGCAAAUGAGGACUCGGAGCGACGUCGUAUUUCCUCGAGGAAUAAUGUCCCAAUUUAUUUAGGGACUAAGGAAUUAAGGGACUCGGAGCGACGUCGUAUUUCGGAAUUGAGAUAUGUUGGAAAUAAUCUUAAUCUGAAUCA